GCGCCUGAGGGGGUCUACGUCACUUCCGCCGGGGCCUAGCAAGCGUUCUGAGAGGGAGCGCCAUGACCGGCGGGGCCCCGGUGAGCUACGCGCUGCUGUGCGGGCAAGCGGCGCUGCUGCUGGGGAACCUCCUCCUCCUCCAGGGCGUCUCCCGGAGCCACCAGCACAACGCCACCGACAGCCCCGACCAGGCCCUGGAGCCGGGCUCCGCUUCCUCUUCACCGCCUUGGGCUUACCAAGGGCCUUAUUCGCCGCUCGUCCGCUGCGACCACUUACCGGAGGAGUUCAUCGAAUGUGAAGCACCUCUGGAUCUUGGUGGAAACGCCAGCGCCAGAGAAGACCUGGGCCAUGGAUGCCUCAAGUUCGGUGGCCAAGCCUAUGGCGAUGUGAGCCAUACUCGGGUCCGCUGCAAGGCAUUGGACGGCAUUGAGUGCGCGGGUGAACAGACCUUUCUGCGUGGGAACAAACCAUGCAUCAAGUACACUGGACACUACUUCAUAACCACUCUCCUCUACUCCUUUUUCCUGGGUUGCUUCGGAGUGGAUCGGUUCUGCUUGGGGCACACAGGCACAGCGGUGGGGAAGCUGCUUACUCUCGGAGGACUUGGGAUUUGGUGGUUUGUGGACUUGAUUCUCCUUAUCACUGGAGGAUUGAUGCCUAGCGACGGAAGCAACUGGUGCACUAUUUACUGAUAAAAACUGCAUUUGUGGAUUGGACCUAAAUCAAAAAAGAAAACAAUGGGGGGGGGAAUCGUAGCUCAGAUGGAGGCUGAAUGCAUGGAUCCUGUUCUGCAGCAACAAGAGACUACAGUGGUAUGUUUUUGCACUUGAAGUGGAUCCUUCCCUUAACAGGAAAAAGCUAGCCAUGCUUCAGCUGUACAUACCUCAUGCUUUGCUUAAAUGGCAGCUAUGCUUGUCCUUCCCACAAGAAUAAGCCUAGUCUACUCAUUGGAUUUACCACUCUAGUAAAGGUGUUAUACUUCCCUGUAUCCUUACACGUUUCCGUACUCAAGAAGGUGCCAAGGUAACUGUGGUCUACCCCACUUGGCUUAAAUGUAGUUCUUCCUGUUGUAUAUUUUGAAGGUGGUUUCCCCAACAAAUGUGUACAGCCAGUAUUUACUGGAAAUAACAUUAAGGUUAGUGUGUGCCUGAUGGGUACAAUCACAAAAGGUGCUUGUAUUGGAACACAAGAGAUGUACAAUGAAGGUAAAAGUUGUCUUUGACUCACUUUA